UGGCGGACAAAGCUGUGUCUCGCUUAUUAAAGGGUUUCUCAUUUUUGUCACAGAUGAGUUUUCUUUAUUAAAAUAUGUGCUCUUUUUAUCAGAGCACAUUCAAGAAUAUCCAAUAGUUUAGUGAGUGAUAUUUCGUCAUGCAGCAUAAUAUUAUUGUAUAUAACUGAUAAAAAAAUUGAAGUAAAUAAUUAAGUGUAAAUGAAUUAUCAAUAUAAUGGCAAUUUUUCACUCACUUAACAUGGGUGAUAUUAUUCAUUUAAAUGUCGGAGGAACCAGAUUCUCUACAUCUCGACAAACACUAACAUGGAUUCCUGAUUCAUUUUUUACGGCUCUUCUAAGUAAUCGUAUAGCUAGUCGUCGAGAUGAAACUGGUGCUCUGUUUAUUGAUAGAGAUCCAAAAAUAUUUUCAAUAAUAUUAAAUUAUUUACGAACUAGAGACAUUGAUUUAAAAAAUAUUGAUAUUAGAACUUUAAGACAUGAAGCUGAGUAUUAUGGUAUUACUCCUUUAAUCAAAAGACUGAUGCUUUGUGAAGAUUUGACACAUUCCUCGUGUGGCGAUGUACUUUUUUAUGGAUAUCUACCGCCCCCUAGUGUUCCAUUACAAGAACCAAUCAAUCUUCCUGCAGGUAGCAGUGAUAUUGGUGUUCAUGGCAGAGCUGCUCCUUCAACUCCUCGAACAGAAGCAAGUCAGUCUGCGCCAAUUGUUAGUACUUCUGCGCAGUCAUCAAAUCCAAGUGCAGCUGGGCUAUCAAACCAAAAACCUUCAGUGUCAAACCAUGCUAGGAAUUCAUCAUUGGACUACAGAUUGCAACAGAGAAAUUUACAACACUCGAGAAAUCCGUCUUAUGACUUGAGACAUGCACGAAACAGUUCAGCUGAUAUGAAUAAAUAUUUUACAAAUGAUGUUGGAUUAGUUUUUGGUUCUCACCAGGGUUGGGUUGAUCCCUUGAGAGUACAGAUGAUUAAAGCUCACCAUAACUGGAUAGUAAUAGCCUACGCUCAUUUUAUAACUUGCUAUCGUUUGAAAGAUUCUUCUGGCUGGCAGCAUGCUUUUACAAGUCCUCAUAUCGAAGCAAUAAUUGAACGAGUGGCGAUAAAUGCAAAAAUGGGCAGCGGUCCUGAUGGAAAAAUGGUAGCUAUCUCAUAUGGAAGCCAAAUAAGGUUAUGGAGUGUUGCUGAAGACGGAAUCAAAACGAAUAUAGGAACAUUUAAUUUAAAUGUACGAGUUGAAUAUUUAUUUUUUAUUGGAAGUCAAUUGGUUGCGCUUUCACCGAUUGGUAAAAUUGGUGUUUGGCAUGCCAUGUCUCAACACUGGCAAAUACAAGAUGUUGUUUCGAUAUCAUCAUUUGAUACAGCUGGUUCAUUUUUACUUCUUGGUUGUAAUAAUGGAUCUAUUUAUUAUAUUGAUAUGCAAAAAUUUCCUUUGAGAAUGAAAGACAAUGAUUUAUUAGUAACUGAACUGUACAGAGAUCCGAAUCUUGAUCCUAUAACAGCAAUAUCAGUUUAUCUUACACCAAAAACGAGUCUAUGUGGAAACUGGAUUGAAAUUGCUUACGGUACAAAGUCUGGGAUUGUUAGAAUUAUCGUUCAACAUCCAGAAACUGUAGGUCAUGGUCCACAAUUAUUCCAAACUUUUACAGUUCAUCAAAGCAGUGUAACCAAGGUAAGGCUUUCCGAAAAAUAUUUAGUAUCUGUCUGCUCAGAAUAUAAUCAUGGAAGGAGUUGGGCAUUAACUCGGUUUCGAGGAAUGAUAUCUACGCAACCAGGUUCAACACCAGUGGCGAGUUUUAAAAUUGUUUCUUUAGACUCAGUAGAUUCAUCAAUCAGUAAUGAUGCUGGAAAUGAUUUUGGUCCAUUUGGCGAACAAGAUGAUGAACAGGUAUUUGUUCAAAAAGUUGUACCAGAAACCGAUCAACUUUUUGUAAGAUUAGCAUCAAAUGGAAAACGAGUCUGUGUCAUUCAAUCAGUAGAUGGUAGUUCGAUUAGUUCAUUUUGUGUUCAUGAAUGUGAAGGAUCAAGUCGUAUGGGAUCCAGGCCACGAAGAUUUAUUUUCACUGGUCAUUCUAACGGUGCAAUACAGAUGUGGGAUUUAACGACUGCAUUAGAUCCAGCAUUUGAAACCCAUCAAGCUAAAAAUUUCCCCAGUGGUCCUACACCAGAAGAGUUAUGGAAAUUAUUAGAUCAAUGUGAUUUAAGUAAUAGUCAUUGUUCGACUCCAUGUAUAAGUCCAUGUCCUUCUUUAGUUUCUUCUAGUACAAGACUUAAGGCAAGUAAUGUUCAAUUUUUAAAUCAGUCCCAAAAUUCUGAUUCAAAUCCUGGACCUAGCUAAUUGUUUUCUUUUAUAGAAACUUAUUUAGAUAAAAUUUAAAUUGUAAAAUAAUUGUUUUAGUACAACGUUUCUGUUUUGUAAAUUCUACUAAUAGUUAGGUUUUUCUAAUUAAAUAAUCAUGAAAAAUGUUCGAAUUAUUAUUGAUAAAAUAAUAUACAAGAAAAUAAUUUUAAAUCAUUACACAUCUAUUUGUAAUUACUUUUUCUGUGAUCUUGUUAGUAAAUGAAGAAUUCUGAAAGUGACAUGUACUGUUUUUUUAUAGACAAAUUAUAAU